GUAAACAAAGCUGUGAGAUAAAGCUAUAAACAAAGAUAAUAAUUUAUGUCACACUUAUAAAAUCUCAGUGAAUAAAUAGUAGAAUCGUCCUCUAUUAACAUGAUUUAAUUAUAUUUACCAGUAGUAAAUUGUCAUGAAUUUUUUUCUACACUGUGAAUUUUUGCUUUUUUUCCGACUGUAAAAUUUUUACAAAAAAAUAUAUUAAUUAUAAUUAUAUAUAAAAUAUUUAUUUUAUGAUUAAAAAAAAAAAGGUUCAUCGCGCUUAUUGAUUCUAAAAGCGUAUUGAGAUUUGACUUUCAAUUAUAAUGAGAUUCUCAAGGAUAUCCUAUUGAAUCUUUCAUUUUGUGUUUCUUGAAUUUGACCAUGAUCCUUUUUUUUCCUUUCGUAUAGAAAAAAAAACGUCCUAGAUUAUUAUAAAAAUUUUUUUAAAUGAUCAAUCAAACUCGCGGUUAAAAAUUACUAAGUAAUUUAUCCACAGGUAGUACAAUUUUCAAUAAAAUACAAUUUAGUAAAUUAGAUUUCGUUUUCAAAUUUCAUAACCAAUUUUAUUAAUUAUUUUUUUAAUAUUUUAAUUAAUAUUUAUUAAUCGAAUUUUUUAUCGAUUUUUUUUUACUGCUCUAUAACUAUCGAUAAAUCAAAAUAACUUCUUGAAAUUCAAAUUGAAUUAUUUUUUUUUUCAAAAACAGAAUUAUUCACUGCAUGUGAAAUUGAUAAGAAAAAAAAAAAUUUUUUUUUUUUAAAGUAUUUAUUAACAAUUCUUAUUUGUAAAGUAUAUAUCGUGCUAAGAAUAUUAUGUGGUGUACGUGCCUUUAAAAAUAUCUACACUUGUGUGAGUGUGUGUAAUAAUUCGUAAAUAUGUUCGAGGACAUACACGUAAGAAAAAAAAAAGAAAAAAAAAAAACUAAUACAAUUGCGUUUCUUUGGGUCUUGUUAAAGCAGCCUCCUCUGAGUCUGAAAGGAUCGCUAACUUUAAUCAGUAGUCAUCCAGCCAUUAGAUUGUGAUUUUAUAUCCGAAUGAGAUAUUUCAUAUUUUAUCCCAUUAAUAAAAAAAAAAAAUUUUGCAAAAAUUACUAAAAUUGUGAUUUAAUUUUUUUUUUUACAUUAAAAUCUGUGUUUUUUUUGUGUUAUAUAAAAAUUUUAAAAAUGAAAUUUUUUGUGUGAGUUUACAAUGUGAAUUCGAUCUAUCGAUUUUUUUUAAUGGAUAAAACUUCAGGUUUCUGAAAAAUUUACGUUUUUGUAUAUAUAUAUAUAUAUAUAUAUAUAUAUAUAAUGUUUACAAAGGAUUUUUUUUUAAUCAAUAAUAAUUGAAAAAUGGGAUGCUCAUCGAGUAGUCCAAUUGAGAAGAUAAAGAAUAAAAAAAAAUUACGAAAUGGUGAAAGUAGAAUUGAAAAAUUGCACAUUCGUUUUGUUGAUAGUGAUGUAUCUGACAAUUUCAAUGAGGAACUUUACAAUAAUCUACUUGGUCUGAAAAGGAAAAUCAAACGGACUUCAAAUGAGGCUGAUGAAAGUGAUACACCAACAGAGAUCAAUGGCUGGGAGUAUAAUAUUGAUGAGGAUGACUUGGAAUGUCCAGUCAAAGGACCUCAGGAUGUUAAUCCUAAUUGGCUGACUAUCAAUGUACCUGAUACUGUCAGGGUUUUAUUAGUUUUUGGAAAAGAUGAUCAACAAUUAGAAAUUCUUGCUUCGGUAGUUGAGAGAUUAAAUUGGAAUGUUUCAAUUGCAAAAAAUUUAGAAAAUGCAGUUCAAAUUUUUCAAAAUCGAUUUUACGAUUUAGUGAUCGUUGAUCAUAGAGGAUCACGAGGUCAAGAAGCUGAUGAAAUAUGCAGAGCUCUCAGAAAUACAAAUUAUCAUCCAAGUUCCGUUAUUUUGGCAUUGGUAAAAAAAUCGUUUUUAAUGCUAGCUGAUGAAGAAGAAAUUUCUGUUUUACGUUUAUUAGACGCAGGAUUUAGUAGAGCACUUAUGGAAUGCUCUCAUGACAAGAUAUUAGUUAAUGAACUUUUAGGAAUUUAUGCAAAUGAAAUUAGGCCAAAAGCUCAACUUGCAGCUGCACACGCUCUUUAUUUGGCAGUUGAUAGAUGUAAAGAUAUGGUUUUUGUGACAAAUGAACAACAUAAUGUUCAGUUUGCAAAUAAAGUUAGUGAAAAAUUAUUGUCCUAUAAAAUGGAAGAAUUAUCGGGCAAAAAUAUAACCGAAGUUAUAACAUGUGAAAAUUUUACACUAAUGGAUCAACAAUUACAAAGGGGCCGUGAAUUUGAGGGCAAUAUGAAUUGUCGAAGAAAAACAAAUGACACUAUUACUGUUAAUUGUAGAAUUAUUCCAUACUGUGCAUUUGGACGAAAACCAACACAUUAUAUUUAUAUUCAUGACACAACAUAUUUAUUGGAUAGUUUAGGAUUAGUUCAACAACCAAGAGGAAGUUUACAAUCAAUACGAAGAGGUUCUUUUGAUGUCAAAUCUCUUGGAAGUGACAUACAGAGGCGAGGGAGUUUGGCAAAAUUAAAUAAUUUACCACUUGAAGCACCUAUUACAAAAGUCAUGACCCUAUUAACAAAUGCAAUGACAGAGACAACGAAUCCAGAAGUCGCUGUACAAAUUGAUAAAGCAAUUGAGACACUAAAAAAUACAGAAUUGUAUGCACCUGUUAUGCGAGAGGAUGUAAAAACAGUUCAUGAUCCUGUGGCAUCGGAUUUAAUUGGAGCUUUAAUAUCGGCACCUCUGUACAAAGACUCACGAAGAUCAUCGAAUGAUUCCACUUGUCGAUUAUCAACAUUUAAACUUUUUAGCCAUAGUGCUAUUAAAGCACAGGCAAAAACUCUACGAGCUCCGCGUGAAAUUGAAAAUUUACUCGAUGCAAAUUUGGAUUGGGAAUUUGAUAUUUUUAAAUUGGAAGCUUUGUCAGAAAUGAGGCCAUUGGUUUUUCUUGGAUUAAGUAUUAUGAAUGAAUUUCAUAUUCCAGCUGAAUUAAAUUGUGAUGAAAGAACAUUACAAAAUUGGUUAACAGUAAUUGAGGCAAAUUAUAGAUCAGAAAAUAGUUAUCAUAAUUCGUGUCAUGCUGCUGAUGUUUUACAAGCGACUGCAAUUUUUUUAAAAUCAAAUCGAUUAAAACUCAUGUUCAAUUCAAUUGAUAUAACCGCAGCGCUUAUCGCUGCAGCUGCUCAUGAUAUUGAUCAUCCAGGAAGAUCAAGUCAGUUUCUUUGCAAUUCGAAUAAUAAAUUAGCGAUUCUCUAUAAUGAUCUCACUGUUCUUGAAUCACAUCACGCUUCACUUACAUUUAAAUUGACAUUGAGUGAUGAAAAUGUUAAUAUUUUUAAGAAUUUAGAGAGAGAGGAAUACAAAAUGUUGAGACAAAAUGUCAUUGAUAUGAUAUUAGCAACUGAAAUGACUAAACAUUUUGAACAUUUGGCUAAAUUUGUAAAUGUUUGCAGUACCAGAGGAGAAAUUCAGUCUGAGUCUUUUACAGAUGUUGUCGAUAUGUCUAUUUUGAUGCAACCGGAAAAUAUAACUUUAGUAAAAAGAAUAAUGAUUAAAUGUGCUGAUGUAUCAAAUCCAACGAGACCUCUUAAAAAUUGCAUUGAAUGGAGUAGAAGAAUAGCAGAAGAAUAUUUUUGUCAGACUGACGAGGAGAAAAAUUUAAAAUUGCCAGUUGUUAUGCCAAUGUUUGACAGACAAACGUGUUCUAUUCCUAAAUCACAAAUAGGAUUUGUUGACUAUAUUAUAACAGAUAUGAUUGAAGCAUGGAGUGCUUUCAUUGAUAUGCCCAUAAUGAUUCUUUAUAUGAGGCAAAAUUAUGAAAAAUGGAAAGAAUAUCACGAGCAAGGAAUAUCAACAUUACAAGAUGUGGAAUUAUUACAACAAUCACCAGAAUUGCAAAUUUUUAAAUUGCCUCAUAGUUAAUAAUAAUUAAAUCCGUCCUUUUUUGUCAAGAUUAUUUUAUUAUACAUAAAAUUACAAUUAAAUAUUACUUUUAAGUUGAAUAAAACUUGCAUGUGUAAAUUUUUAUUUUUUAUUAAAUAAUUAAAAAAAUGUCAUUUCUUUUUUAAUUAAACCUAAUAAUUAUCAAAAAUUUUUAAUUUGAUUUUAAUUUUAAGAAAAAAUUUUUUUUAUUAUGAAAAUUGUAGAUACACAUUGUUUUGCAAUUCUAAUUUAAUAAAUAAAAAAAAGUAAUCUAAUAUUUUUAAAUAUAUCUAUACAGGGAGGUUUGGAAAUCAUUAAUUAAUUUUUGCAUGUGUAAGAGUUUUCUUUAUUAUUUUUCACUGAUUUUUUUUUUUUUUUUGUUACCAAUAAUUAUUUAUAAUAAUAUAAUAAUCGAAGUUAAAUUUCAGAUAUACAUAUACAAUUGAUCAAAAAAAAAGGAAGAAGGGAAUUUUUCUGUUUUUUUUUUUGCAAAUAUGGACAACUUUAAUAUUAUUUCCGAUUAAAUUAUUAUUACAAUUAAAAGAAGUAAUGUCAGAAUAACGCUAGUCAAAAUCACACUUAAUAAUAAAAGUACAAUUUUUUUUUUUUUUUUUGGAAUAAUCGUGCGUAAUAACGUUUAAUAAUGAUUUAUAUAACGUUAGCGUAAAUACCCUAUAAUACCUUGUAAUAUAUUUUUGUAGUAAACAGUAAUAUAUCUGGUAAUAAGUGUAAUAAGUGUAGUAAAGUGUACACAUUUUUUUUAACCAGUAAAUCCCCCCCCCCAUCGAUCAAAAGUACAAAGAUAUAUUGUUACUAAGUUACAAAUAUUCAAAAAAUUCUAAAUUAUCUAUUUUUUUGACUACCAGUUAUACAUUCAUAUCGAAGGAGUAUAUAAAGUUAAACGUUUUAUCCAGUAUUAAGGAAACAUGUACGUAUACAUUAUAUAUAUAUAUAUAUAUAUAGAUUUAAAGGAAUUUAUAUUUUUUUUUAUAAGAAGCAAAUUGAUUUUAAGCGUAGUGUGUACUUUUUUUUCCUGAUGUUAUAAUAGAUGUUAUAAUAGAUAUUAUUAGAUAUCAGAUGUUAUCAUAAAUGUUAACAUAAAUUUUAUCAUAAAUAUUAUUGUAAAUUUUAUCAUAGAUGUUAUCAUAAAUUUUAUCAUAAAUUUUAUCAUAGAUUUUUAUCAUAGAUGUUUUUCACAGAUGUUAUCAUGUUAUCAUAAAUGUUAUCAAUAUAUAUCAAAGAGAUAUAAAUAGACAAUUAUAUCUAAUUAUGCACUAUAACACCCAGUACAAUAAUUUCAAAUGAUAUUAAAUUGUUGUCAAAAAUUCAUAAUUGAAAUUCAUCAAAUUUUCUUAAUAUAUUUAAUUUUCCUGUAUUAUUCUAAUUUAAUAAUAUUUUAUUUUUACUUUCAGGGUGGUGGUUAUGAGCGAUUUUAAAAAAAAAACAGAACUUACGUAUUAGAAGGAUAAGUGACUUAAAAUUAAUAUCCCACAGGCACAAAUUAAAAUCCCUCUUUUUUUUGGUGGUGUUUAGCCAUUUUUUCUUUUAAUUUUCUUUCCCCUUUUUUAAUUUAUUACUCAAUCUUUUUUUUUGAUUUCUUACUUUUAAUCACUCUUAUAUACUAGUUGCAAAAGAAAAUUCUUAGAGAAUUAUAAAUUUAAGUGCGGAUAAUAUUUUGUAUGUUUUUAAAAAUAGUUAAAUAUGCAAAAAGGAAUGGGGAAUAUCUAAAAAAAAAGUAAAAUUUAACUCCCAUUGCUAUAAGUUUCACCUUUUUUUUUUUUUUUUUUUUUUUUU